CUUUUUCCUUUCAUUUCAGUCGACAUAUUAGUGUCUAAUGUGAUUAACAAGAAGGAAAUCUCUCGACUUGUAAGGUAAGUCAGUCAGUUGCGUAGGCACUGAUUAAGCCUUUGUCGCGAAGAACUAUUAUUUUUAACUCCAUGAAUAACGGACUUUGUCUCUGGCUUUCAGGGAAAUAUGUGCCGUUUUUCCAGUGAGCAACUUUGGGCAUUUGAAACGAGUGAAAAGCACAGGGAAAACAGGCUCAUCUAUUCAAAUGAUCAUAUGCCACCCAGAUGACAUCCCUGCCUCACCCCUUGACCUGGAGAGACUGGGUGAGGAGUUCUCCUUGAACACAACUGGGUUGUCAGGCAUGUACAAGGUGAAAGUACCCGAGACAGCCCCCCUCACCAGGAGACAGUUUGAAGAGGCAUCCAAGUACUGGCCAGUCUCAUUCCACGAGGAUAAAAGAAUCGCAAAGCUCUUGAAAGGGACUGAUGUGUUUACAGACGCAGAGCUCCAACAGAUUCAUAGUAACAUGGGCAGAGCCAUAAAUAUGGCCGAAAAAGCAAAGGCAAAAGGACAGGUGCCUGUGGGAGCUGUGGCUGUGAGCCCUUCAACCAAUCAGGUGCUGGCUGAAUCACAUGAUUAUCGCUAUGGAGACAACAUUCUCCACCAUGCUGUGAUGACUUGUGUUGACAUGGUAGCACGGUCCCAGGGUGGAGGGGCCUGGAGGUUCCCUGAGGACACUGACUUUGUGGCGCAGUCUGAUACAUCAAGUGAUGGGUACCUUUGUACAAAUUAUGAUAUCUACACUACCAGGGAGCCAUGUGUCAUGUGUGCUAUGUCUCUGCUUCACUCUCGAGUGCAGCGGGUGUUCUAUGGGAAGCAGCAAGCUUCAGGGGCUUUAGGAUCCUGUUACAAACUUCAUGUUCAGGCGGGACUAAACCACCAUUAUGAAGUGUUCAGAGGAGUCCAGGAGGCACAGUGUCACAAACUGGAGGAUACGUGA